AGCAUGUCGGUGGCGGGGCUAAAGAAGCAGUUCUACAAGGCGAGCCAGCUGGUCAGUGAGAAAGUCGGUGGAGCCGAGGGGACCAAACUUGACGAUGACUUCAAAGAAAUGGAAAAGAAAGUGGACGUCACCAGCAAGGCCGUGAUAGAGGUGCUGGCCAGAACCAUUGAGUACCUCCAGCCUAACCCAGCAUCUCGAGCCAAGCUGACUAUGCUCAACACGGUGUCCAAGAUCCGCGGCCAGGUGAAAAACCCCGGCUACCCCCAGUCAGAGGGCCUGCUGGGCGAGUGCAUGACCCGCCAUGGCAAGGAGCUGGGCGGCGAGUCCAACUUUGGCGAUGCCCUGCUGGAUGCAGGAGAGUCCAUGAAGCGCCUGGCCGAGGUGAAGGACUCUCUGGAUAUCGAGGUCAAGCAGAACUUCAUCGACCCCCUUCAGAACCUGUGUGACAAGGACCUGAAGGAGAUCCAGCACCACCUGAAGAAGCUGGAGGGCCGGCGCCUCGACUUCGACUACAAGAAGAAGCGGCAGGGCAGGAUUCCCGAUGAGGAGCUGCGCCAGGCCCUGGAGAAGUUCGAGGAGUCUAAGGAGGUGGCUGAGACCAGCAUGCACAACCUCCUGGAGACCGACAUCGAACAGGUGAGUCAGCUGUCAGCGCUGGUGGACGCACAGUUGGACUAUCACAGGCAAGCCGUGCAGAUCCUAGACGAGCUGGCCGACAAGCUCAAGCGGAGGAUGCGUGAGGCCUCUUCCCGGCCCAAGCGAGAGUACAAGCCCAAGCCCCGGGAACCCUAUGACCUUGGCGAGUCAGAGCAGUCCAACGGGGGCUUCCCCUGCGCUACAGCCCCCAAGAUCACAGCGUCUUCAUCCUUCCGAUCUUCUGACAAGCCCAUCCGGACCCCCAGCAGAAUUAUGCCGCCCCUGGACCAGCCAAGCUGCAAGGCCCUGUACGACUUUGAGCCUGAGAAUGAUGGCGAGCUGGGCUUCCGUGAGGGCGACGUCAUCACGCUCACCAACCAGAUCGAUGAGAACUGGUACGAGGGCAUGCUCAACGGCCAGUCAGGCUUCUUCCCACUCAGCUAUGUGGAGGUGCUGGUGCCGCUGCCACAGUGA